AUGUCGGACCCUGAUGCGCAAGCGGAUCUGCCGCCUACGAUGCCCCCGCGGCCACCCCGGAAGGAUUCCCCCACUCAACGACAACUCGAAGCCGAUGAAAUGUAUGCGCGUCAGCUUGCGGAGCAUUACAGCGGAGUGGGCCAACGUCAUAGAGCCCCGGAAUCUUCGUGGGACCAUGAACCGCAUUUGCCGAGACAACGCAGGGAGACUGGAUUAAAACCCAAUGAACUCCAUGAUGACAGAGAGCAUAACUUUUUUGAUGGUACUGUUGCACUUUCUAAAUUUCUUCAUUUAUCUGGUCUCGAUGAUCUACCGAUAAUUAAGGAGAACAUUCGCAAGGGAUUCCUAGAGACGCAGACGAAAGUUAACGCUUGGGUUCAAAACUUCAAGAAGAAGCUUGAGGGCGAUGACGAGGAGGACGAAUAUGGAAAUCCACCUCCCCAUCCAGCACAGGGAUAUGCCCAAGGAUACGGCGACACUCAGACCUAUCGCGCAAGGCGGAGCGGCGAGGCCAGGCGAAGUGGUGACCGCGAACGGUACGAUGCCGACCCUCAGGUCUUAGGUGACGACUUCUCCGCAUUAGAGCUGAGAGAUGCUGAAGCCCAUCUACCACGCUCAUCGCGACCCCUCGCAAACCCCGAUCUCUUUAAGCCCAACUCACCAUCACCUGACCGUCGAAAAGUCUCUUUCCAAGAGGGACCUCCUGAGGAAAUACAUGAUGCUUAUGGCCCCGGCUCUGCAUCUGACAGAAGCAAGCAGCCGUCAUCCACUGGCGGUAGCAAUAAGUCCAGCAAAUGGCAACCACUCUCUACAGUCGAACCUUCACCAGUUGCAGACAACGAUCCAUUCAGCCUUGGUGACAGCGACGACGAGAAGGAGAUUAGGAAUAACAAUAAAGAUCUUAAGCCCGACGAGGCUGAGAGGGUGAGGAAGGCUACUACAGAAGCUAUGGCGGGGGGUAUUGGGACUGAUUCUCCAAAGGCUGGCAACAAGAAUAAGCCCGCUGGGGGAACUUAG